AUGGAGAUUUGUUUUUCUUUGCCAAAGGUUGGAUGGUACAAUGCUAUUCUCCAGCCAGCCUUUCAUCUCCCCUACCCAGAUGACACACUGGCCUUUGUGGUCCUCAGCACGCCUUCGAUGUUUGACAAAGCCCUUAAACCUUUUGUGAAUAAAGAACGGUUAAAAAUAAUCAGAGAUCCUGUGGAUCAGUGUGUUUCUCAUCAUUUAUCACGUGUAAAGGAGAAAUUUCCUGAUCAGAAGGUGGAUGUCAUCUUUGAUUAUGAGAUCCUGCCAAGCCGAAAGCCCAAGUUCUUGGCACAGACAGCUGCCCAUGUUGCUGGAGCCGCAUAUUACUACCAAAGGAAGGAUGUGAAGCUUGAUCCUUGGGGUAAAAAGAAGAUCUAUGGCGUAUGUAUCCAUCCCAAGUAUGGCGGUUGGUUUGCUAUCCGGGGUCUCCUCCUGUUCCCAGAUAUUCAGGUACUGUUCCUGGAACAGUCUGCCCCUGUUGACUGUGUGAGCACAGAGGAAAAAAGAAUUGAGUUGCUGGAGCAAUUCAAUUUCCACUGGCAGGACGGCCGCUACAGGGACAUAAUUGAAGUGAAGGAAAGGUACUCGGAGGAGCAAAAAGCCUACUUUGCCACUCCUCCAGCGGAGAGAUUCAGACUGCUAGGGCUGACACAAGAAGCCCAGAGAAGCACAUUUCACUGA